AUGUCCUCCUCGGGCCCAGCUGCAGAGGGAGAGGGAACCCCCGCCCAGCCCGCGUCCGAGAAAGAGCCCGAAAUGCCCGGCCCGAGAGAGGAAAGUGAAGAGGAGGACGAGGACGACGAGGAGGAGGAAGAGGAGGAGGAGGAAGAAAAAGAAAAGAGUCUGAUCGUGGAAGGCAAGAGGGAAAAGAAAAAAGUGGAGAGAUUGACCAUGCAAGUCUCUUCCUUACAGAGAGAGCCAUUUACAAUUGCACAAGGAAAAGGACAGAAACUUUGUGAAAUUGAAAGGAUACAUUUCUUCCUGAGUAAAAAGAAAACGGAUGAACUUAGAAAUCUACAUAAACUACUUUACAACAGACCUGGCACAGUGUCCUCAUUAAAGAAGAAUGUGGGUCAGUUCAGUGGCUUUCCAUUUGAAAAAGGAAGUGUCCAAUAUAAAAAGAAGGAAGAAAUGUUGAAAAAGUUUAGAAAUGCCAUGUUAAAGAGCAUCUGCGAGGUUCUUGAUUUGGAGAGAUCAGGUGUAAAUAGCGAACUGGUGAAGAGGAUCUUGAAUUUCUUAAUGCAUCCAAAGCCUUCUGGCAAACCAUUGCCAAAAUCUAAGAAAACUUCUAGCAAAGGCAACAAAAAGGAACGGAACAGUUCUGGAAUGGCAAGGAAAGCUAAGCGAACCAAAUGUCCUGAAAUUCUGUCAGAUGAAUCCAGCAGCGAUGAAGAUGAAAAGAAAAACAAGGAAGAGUCUUCAGAUGAAGAAGAUAAAGAAAGCGAAGAAGAGCAGCCACCAAAAAAGACCUCUAAAAGAGAAAAACCUAAACAGAAAGCCACUUCCAAAAGUAAGAAAACUGUAAAAAGCGCUAAUGUUAAGAAGGCAGAUAGCAGCACCACCAAGAAGAAUCAAAACAGUUCCAAAAAAGAAAGUGAAUCUGAAGACAGUUCAGAUGAUGAACCUUUAAUUAAAAAAUUGAAGAAACCUCCUACAGAUGAAGAGUUAAAGGAAACAGUGAAGAAAUUACUGGCCAGUGCCAACUUGGAGGAAGUCACAAUGAAGCAGAUUUGCAAGGAGGUGUAUGAAAAUUAUCCUGCUUAUGAUUUAACUGAAAGAAAAGAUUUCAUAAAAACAACUGUUAAAGAGGUAAAUACAUCCACCUUUUCUGAUUUUGGUCAUUUUGAAUUUGCCAAAAUUAAGGCUAAAGUGUGCCAUCGGACCAAACUUGGCUCUAAGAAAAAUAGCCCUAUUCUAAAUGGUCUCAAGUAUGAAGACUACUAUCUCUACCCCAUCGAAAACCACAGAAUGCCUAUACUGUUUGAGGAACUGAAAAUUUUGCUGUUUGCCAAUGAGUGCACAAAUCUGAAAUGUUUUAUCACAAAAGAGACCCAAAUUUAA